AUGAAAGCUCAUGAUGAUCUUAUAUUAAUUUAGAAAUACACAUCAUAAGAAGAUUGCUUGUUUUGUUAGAAAUAUGGGAGAUUGCCAAUUAUAAAGAUCAAUUUUGCUCCGCUUUUGAAUAGAGCACUUUAUACAAAAUAUUCACAAUCUUAAUGGAAAGGUAAAAGAUACGAAGAUUUUUUCUCGACUAAGUCAAUCUAAUGGAUUAUAUAAUUUAAAGAUAACUUAGCAUAUGGUGAUGAAGAUGAGUUAUUCAAGAGAUAUUAUCCCAAGAGCGAUCAACAAAAUAAAUUCGAUCAACUCUUGGAAUAUUACAAAUAUCAUAAAGAUAUACCUAGAAUGUUCAUACCUAAACUCUCAGAUUUGGCUAUUUAUUUUUAUGAGAAAAAGAAACAAUUGGAGUAUAGGAAAAUUAAAAUAAUGUUGGGGAUUCCUUUGGACGAUGCCAGCAACUAUACAGAGUGUGAGAAAUUAAAAGAAGAAAUCAAAGUACUCAACAGUAUCACACAACAAACUCAAGUAUCCAGUCUUUCUCUAUUAAGAGACAUCUUGUAGUAAAAGGGAAGCGAAGAGAUUGUAAACAUUGAUGCAACUUGGAUGACUAUGGCAAACAAUCAAUAGCCCAAGCCUUCACAGACAUCAAAUUUAAAAUUACUCAAACAAUUGAUAUCCAAAAACACAUAAUUUUACAAGCAAAAAUUUAAUACAAAUUGUCCUGAAUAAAGUAAAAGAAAUAGUUAGAAUUCCCCUUAAUAAAAUCUGCAUCUCAAAACUAUCUCUAAAGAUACUUCUUAAAAGUCCUUACUGUCCUCUCAUAAACUCUUAAAUAAUAGCAAUGGAGAUGGUGAAUUUCAUAAAUUCUUAAAAUAGUAGAUGGUAGGAAUCAGCCACUCAAAUCCUUGCAAUAAAAAUAAUGCUCAAUCAUUAGCCAAACCUGUUUAGAUAUCUAAUUAUCAAUCCAAGCAAAGCAGCAUUCAUCACAUUCUCAGCACAAGAAGCAUCUCGUCUGAAUAGUUAAAAUUGAUAUAGUCCCAAUAAAUGCUAAAGCCCAAUUAAUAUAAUAAUAAUAACUAAUAAACAUAACAUAAGAAAAGCCAAACUUAAACUCAUUAUACUGAAAUCAAUUCUCCAAAUAAACAUUCUAAGAAAGCUUCAGAUAUAUUGUACACUAAUAUAGGAAUAGACUUUAAAUAAGCCUUGACUCAUAAAAAAUCGAAGGAAAAGCAUUUUAAAGUUUAUACUUCGUAAUCCUAAGUUCCUUUAUAAGCAAACAUCAAUAUUAACAUCAAUUAAUUAAACAUGAACAACCUCAAUGUUAAAUCUUCAUUUUAACAAUAUAAGGCAAUGCUCGAAAGUCCAAAAGUUCAUCCCAAGAAGAAGACUCAAUCUAAUGUUGAAACCUUAAGGGUCAACAAUGCUAGCACUUCAAAAAGCACGACAUCUUUAAAAAAAACCUAAAUCUCAGUUUAAUAAAUAUAUGCUCAAAAAAUCAAAUAAAAGCAGAAGAUUUAAAACAAAUGA